AUGCGUCCCGCGCGCGCCAGGGAGGAAGGGAGGGGCGGGGGCGCCCGCCCCCCGCGCGGGCGCGAGAGGGAGGACAUGUCCCGGAGGCCCGGAGGCGGCGGCCCCGGCGGCCGCCCCGGGGGCCGGCGCGGGGCGGACGGGCGCCCUCCCCGCAUGCCCAGGCAGGGCCCCGGCGGUCGCGGCGGGCCCCCGAUCCGGCAGAGGUACAAGAAGCCGCCGGGGCUCCUGAGCUGGUACAAGCCCAGGGUGUCCCACGGCUUCAUCGCGGCGUUCUCGCUGGGCAUCCUGCUCAUGCUCGCCCUGUGGACGUUCCCGUCGUACAGCGCGUACGUCGACCGAGCGGAGAUGGUGAAGCAGUACUGCCUCGUCCACGGCGGGGACAACUCCACCGGGUGCGUCAAGGUGGAGAUCGUCCACGAGUCCGUGUGCGACCCGGCGGUCCCCGAGCUCUACGGUCACCUCACCACGGACAACUGCACGGACCUGUGCGUGUACAGCGACGAGGAGCGAACGGUGGGGAACACCACCGCGGCGGAGCGUUUGGCGUUUGUCGACUCGUUCAUCCCCGGAGCCGAGGUCCCGUGCUUUUACCCGCCCGGGGACUCCAACUUCACCCAGGCGACGUUCACGGUGCCGUACAACCCCAACGAGCAGAUGUUCCUGUCCCUGGUCUGGCUCUCCCCGCUGUUCUUCUGUCUCCUGGUGAGCGUUCACUGCGCGCUGCGGAAACCGAGGGAAGCGCUGGAGCUGGAGGAUGACCAGAUGCUCACCGGAUUGUUCAACGAGGUGGUGAUCCAGCGGAACCACCAGGAGAAGUUCGUGAACGACGUGGAGAUGCGGGUGAAGCACCUCAAGUCCGCGGUGGACGGCGAGCAGCAGAAGCGGCUGGACGUGGUGCUGGAGGUUGAGAAGGAGCGGCGAGACAGGCUGACGAGCGAGGAUAACCUCAAGCACGCGCUGCACGAGAACAUGCGCAGUUUGGAGUCGAAGCUGGUGCGGGAGAUGGCGCAGCGGCUGGCGUCGAUACCGAUCCCGUCCAAGCUGAAGGAGAAGAUGAUGCGAAAGGCGGACAAGUACAGGGAGGACAGGGACCCGCUGCUGGGCGGGCGGCGGAGCAAAAACGACAGACCCGACAGCGCCGCGAGUCUGAUAUUCGAGGAUCACCAGAGGAACGCGGAGCGCAGGCGGGCGGCGCUGGCGAACGAUCUGGACGCGCAGAGGGGGGCGUUCAAGCAACGGCUGGAGGAGAGGAAGAGCAAGGGCAAGAGAUCAAAAUCGAAGGACCCCGGAGCCAAACGGAGGGACUGA